CACCCAAAUGAGUACAAUGAAUCCAUGAUGAUGAUGGCAAGCCUAUUCCUAAAGCCCCAUCUUCAUCUUGUUCAUCUUCCUUCCAAACUCAUUUUCCCCAUCACUCACAAACCUUCCCUUUCCCUUCCCACCACAUUCUCUAUCAAACACUUCACCACCACCACACUCUCCUAUGGACCUUCCCUCUACAAAGGAACCACCCCAUCCCAAUCCCAAUCUCAACACCAACUCCCUCUACCCCAAAACGACGUCGUUCUCCGCGAAGAAACCUUCACCAGAAUCUACGACCUCGCCGCGCUCCGCGUCCCUUCCGCCGAGUGCUCCGCCUUAGAGAACCGCCUCCGCGGCCACCUCCUCAACUGGCCUCGCAUUCGCAACAUCGCUCGCGUCCCCGGCGACGACAUCGACCCCAACCUCGCACCCCUCUUACCCAACGGUGACGACGGCGGAGAAGAAGAACAAGAAGGAAGCGCUCUCGUCUCGUUGCAGCGGCGCGUUCACGGCAAAGCGGACGGCGACGGCGAGGUUUUGAGCCCUGUGCUGUACCGGGAGAAGCUUGCGAACACGUUCAACAGUCGCGGGUUUGUCAAUUUCCGGAACCUGGCGAAGAUUUCGAGGCCGAAUAGGAAUAAGAAGAAGAAGAAGGAGGAGGAGGAGGAAGAGGGGAAUGAUAAAGUGGUUGAAGUUGAAGGGAGAAAGGGCUCUGGGAAGAACGAUUUUGCGGCGGUUGAGGUUGUUGAUGAUGAUGAGGAGGAGGAAGAAGAUGGUGGUUUGAGGAAGUUGUUAGGUGAAGGAUUUGGGAGGAGGAAAUGGAGGGGUUCCACGAGGUUGUUGCUUUUGGAUGAACGGUUCGCCGGUCAUGGCGUGGAGGAGCUACCUGAGGCGAUAAAGGCUGUCUUGAAGGAGUACACGGAAAAGAGUACAACUUUGACUUUUGAGCUAGUUAGAUGCAGGCUAAAAUUGUUUUAUGAUUACUGGCAGAUGAAUGAGACCUUGGAGGUGUUACUGCCUGAGGGUAUGGUUGUUCCAUCAGCUUUUGAGACUGUUGGUCAUAUUGCACACCUGAAUUUGAGAGAGGAACAUUUACCAUACAAGAAGCUUAUAGCAAAGGUUGUACUGGAUAAAAAUAAGCCAAAGAUAAAAACAGUUGUGAACAAGAUUGAUUCCAUUCAAAAUGAGUACAGGACCAUGCAGCUUGAGGUUUUAGCAGGAAACCACUCUCUUGUGACUACAGUAGUUGAGAAUGGAAUUCGCUUUCAGGUUGACUUAGCAACAGUAUAUUGGAAUUCUAGGCUUGCAACUGAAAGGCAAAGGCUUCUGAGUGGCUUUACACGAAAUGAUGUUAUCUGUGAUGUUUUCUCUGGAGUUGGUCCCUUAGCCAUAUCUGCAGCAAGAAUAGUUAAGCGUGUUUAUGCUAAUGACUUGAAUCCAUAUGCCAUUGAGUAUCUGGAAAGAAAUAGUGUUCUAAAUAAACUUGAGAGGAAGAUUAAGGUCUUUAACAUGGAUGGAAGAAGGUUCAUUAAGGCUAUAUAUGCCAGUGAUAAAGCUCAGUCCAUCACACAAGUGGUUAUGAACUUGCCAAAUGAUGCUGCAGAAUUUCUAGAUGCAUUUCGGGGAAUAUACAAAGAUAGACCUAAGGAUGGGGAAUUUACUUUGCCAAUGAUCCAUGUUUAUGGAUUCUCCAAAGCACGAGAUCCAGAAUUUGAUUUUCAUGAGAGAAUAAGAAUUGCGCUGCUAGAAGUGGCAGUCAAUGUAGAAAUGCGACGGGUACGACUUGUUGCUCCUGGAAAAUGGAUGUUGUGCGCAUCAUUUAUUCUCCCCAAAAGUGUAGCAUUUGCUAAAACCGCAGUUGAUACUUGAGCAAUUUUUGGAUUGCCAUUUAGUCAUUACACAGUAAAUUUUGUUCCCAUUACGUUAGUUAUUUACAUUUUUUUUUUUGAAAUGUAGUUAUCUAAAUUGAUAAUGUAUAUAUGUAAUUUAAAUUUAUUUUUCAAGAACUAGGGGUCUCUAGCAUAACCAAUUAGUAGAUAUUUAAAAAAUAAAUUCCAUCAUAUACCUGUAUUGAAUUGUAAAAGCUCCUGGCGAGCUUUUGACUAAUUCCGUGAUAGAUCUAAGCAUAUAGCCUGGAUUGCUAUUGCUAGUCAA